AUGCGCACGUUUGUGUUUAUCAGCGAUAUCCCGGAUUUCGUGCUGCAGCCAUGGUUUGGCGACGCCAAGCGGGAGGCAACGGCCGUCGUGAGGCCUAAUCGAGAUCCACGCUACGAACGGCUGCGUCGCCUUCUCGCGGAUCACACCUCCGGGCUGAUGUUGGUGAUGCAUCUCGAGACCAAAGGUUACGGCCUCGCGCUCUACGCGAGCGAGGCGGAGGCCCUAGAGGCCUGCAAGACGACGAUAAUCCCUGAUCCGCCAGCCGCGCAUGGCGAGGCGGGAAAAGAGGGAGGGGAGGGGAGGUCCCUUCCCGCCCCCACUCCUCUUCGCCUUCGCAUUGUUGAAAAGGAAAAGCCCCCGCCGGUCGAGGCGGUCUACAACCCAACCAUCGUAAUCGAGGGGGAGACGGUUCAGAAAAGUGAUCUCGCGAACACGCGCGGGUUGGAGCUGACGUACCGCGGCCGCGUGGUGCCGAAGUGGUGUGUGAAUACGCUAGAUAAGGUGGACUGCCCCUUUGGAGCGUCUUGCCAUCACAUUCAUCGCGUGGCGUAUCAGAAAACCAUACGAAAGCGCCCCCGCCUCGCCUACGAGGGGGGAGGGGUUCAGGGCUCGGGAGGGUUAAGCCCCGAGGAGCGCAGGGCCGUGGAUGCCCUUCUCAUGAACUGCAAGUUGGCAGAGGAGCGGCUACUGCAGCUUCGCUCCUCUGCCAUCGAACACCUCCCGACGGCGUUUGUUUCCUUCUCCAUUGACGAUCUGGAGCGGUACUUGAACGGUGGCGGCAACAAUGUCCUCUCCGACGAUAGCGAUGAUCUCAUGCUUCGGGAAAUGGCAAACCGUCUGGAGGAGGCCUGCCGCCAUAGCGCGCCAUCGCUUUUAUCGGGCGGCGCGAUCUUUCUACGCUUCAGCUUCCCGGGCGGCGCGCCGUGGGAUUGGAGCUUGCACUGCGAUCGCGAGGAGGGGCUGCCACGGUUGCGCAAGCGUUGUCCCUUCCCCCCGAACGGUGCCCCAACGCCACUGGAUCGAGAUAUCUUCCUCCAGCGCCUUUUCUACCACAUUAAUCAAUGCAAUGCCUUUACCAGCGUGUUAGAGGCGCUGCAGGUGAUUCGGUAUAGUAAACGCCUCCGAUGUGCCUUUGAGGAGUUUAAAAAUCGAAAUUCAAGAGCCCUCACUAGAGCGGACCCCACCUCCCAGGGGAACCCGGAGGUGGUUUACCUGUGUAUUCGACCGUGGCUAUACCUGCCGACGGUUGGUUGCGAGGUUGAGGCGUUCAUCGAGGAGAACGGAAGACGAGUUCGUGGGUUUGUGCAGCGAUACGGCCAGCUACGGCUGAUGCAGACGGUGGGCUCUCUUCCAGGACCCCAUCAAUCCACCGGCGAGGGGUCGAGCACGGAUGCCGACUUGGAUGCUGCGUUAUCUCGUUUUAUUUCUGUGGGCAGUGAGACGGAUACGGCGGCGGAGGCAGAUCUGCUUAGUGAAACUCAACGCUUUGGGAAGUGUUUCAGACGUGCUGUGGAGCAGCUGCGAGGGCAUCUCAUGAGUCUCGAGCAAUCCCAGCCUUCUUCCGCAUCAGAAGAGAAGCGCGAGGAUCCAAGUUCUUCCACAGGUGAAGGCAAUGACUGUUGCCUCCACGUUUCCCCUAAAGCCUCGUGGUGUGUGCAGAUGGCGCUGGUGUUGCCACCGCCGUCAUCAUCCCCCGCGGAAGCCGCUGAAAGGAUGGCCUCCCCAUCCGUGGCGGUGCUAUCUUUCAAGUCGUAUUUGCAGGCCUUGGAGGAGUGCCCUAUGGACACUUAUCUAACUCGAAAUACCACCACCGCUAGUUCAAACAAGGGCCCAAGCGCUGAGGCGGAGGUACUAUGGAAUUUGAAAAAGCAUAUGUAUGCUCCCUUACUUCCGUUGGACGUGCUUGAGAAAUUAAGGGCGUAG